CAAUGGCAUGUCGAGCUUUCCGAAAAGAGAUGCAUUCCUUGUCCAUGCAUAUAUCCAGCUUUUGAAAAGAAAAAAAUCCAACAAGCUAGCUACUUCUUGGUUCUACAUAGUUCCUGAGCGCGGUCGUUAUUUUUGUUGCAUCACAUCGUCCUCCUGUUCGUUUUCUUCACCCGGUUCAAGGCUAUCUCAUCUCUCACACUGUCACUCCACUCAACUGUAAGACACAAUGCGGGUUCGUCAGAAACCAGAUUAGGAUCAUAAUGUGGCAGGCUCUUUUAAGAAAUUGUGGGGAGCUUUAAUUUGUGGAUCAUAAUGUGGCAGGUGGGACUAACCAUCGGCGCCUUACCAAACGUGACUGGCCGGAAAAUGGAUCAACCAGUUUUUUAUCAGGUCGACAUGCUAAUUAAUUUGUCAGAAAGGUUUGGUGACCUCACCUUCCAUGAGAGGCUAGGGGUGUUAAUGCCAUGGACUGAAAUACCAGCGUUGGAUGAAAAGGUGGCGAAGUGGAGCAAGGAGCACCCGGUGAUAUUCUGGAACGCCGGAAUUGGACCUGCAGCUUCGUUUCUGCCGACCUUGACCAGGCUCUUAUUCGAGCGCACCAAGGACCUGUAUGGGCCCUACGACCACAUUAUACGCCUGACGCUCACACCCGCCGCGGCAGCAGACAGCAGCUCUGCCCAGCAUUGGCUGGCGUUUGAGACACUCAUCCAAAUGGCAAGAUCCCUCAAGAUUGCACUUCCUGACGACAAGCUGCAGGAGCUCAAGCAACUCGUCGAAGAAGAGAGCUACUUCAGCUAUGGCACAGUCUCCGACAACCUGAUGCUCCAGGCAUUCGGAUACGAGUACGUCGACUCGUUUGGAUCAGAUCCGUCCGAUCUAAUGUGGGACCCUAGCUUUGGCCGUCUACCUCGUUGGUCUCCAGAAUUCGAAAGGAUCAUGAAAGCGUUCCUAGGGAAGAAGCAUCUGCUGCUGGUAGAAAACCUGCAUGUUCCCGUCCCAUUGGACGUGCUGUUUUACACAAUGGGCGGACGGCGGCCGUCACCCUUCCAGAGCCGGUGGCUCAUCUCAACAACUUCCGAGGAUGUCUGCGACAAAAGCAGAGAGGCUAGAACUCGUUCUCCCUGGGAAGUUCGUCUAAGCCGGGAAUAUUACCGGGAAUAUUACCAUGCCCUGCCUUUUCAUGAUCUCCUACAGCCAGAGUGGGCUGUGCUGAUUAAAGAGGCCUUAGUGGACGCAGCCGCCUCCAUCCAUAACACACUCAAGCAGCAAGGAGACGAGUUCUGGCUCCACGUGGCUCAACACUGCUUGUAUUAUGGUGUCCUCUACCAUCGACUGCAAGGAGCUGCUGGAUGUCAGGCAAGCACCACCUUCUCUGUUACCUCCGAUGAGCUGGUUCGCUGUUUGGUGGCUGAGGAACUGAUUUUUUCAACAACAAGCCCCACCAGGAAACCAGCAGCCACCGGCAAGAAACAGAGCAACUACUACAGGUCUGCAUAUGAAGCUGGAAAGGUCGUGGUUCAAGCCUUGCAAGAAUAUUCAUUACUUCCAAUAUAUUCUGUUUCUACCCCAACAAGCAGCACUUCAUGGACGGCUACCACCACUUCUGCAUCAUCCUUCCAGGAUACCAUCACUGGCGUGUCACAGUUAGCUAAGGGUGUCUCCCGACUCAAGCAAGAUGAACUUUAUGUACCAAAAAGGAGAGAGAAACUGAGAUGGGUCUCAUUUAUGAAUGGUGAUGGUAGGCAUGUAAGCUGGGAUUGGAGAAGGAAACAGAUGGCAGAAUUUAUCCCAGGAAAAGUGAGCAUGAGCACCCUUAUUCUGAGAGGUUGCUCAAACAUAUCAGGCUUUCCUUUUGAUGAAGUGUUAAACAGCUUCAUCUGUGUUCUUGAUUUGUCCUAUACACCAAUAGAUUCUCUGCCUCCUGGGUUUUCUCAGCUACUGAAUCUGAACUUGCUCUCACUUAGAGGCUGCUCUCAGCUCGAGACCUUGUCUCCAUCACCACCUAGUUCUGAUGAAGAAACAUCACCACUCGCACAUCUAGAAAACCUUCAAGUCCUUGAUAUGAAUGGGGUUCCCUUGCUGGAGAUAACCCAACAGGAUGGUAGCAACAAGAGAAAUCUGCACUACCUUGAUCUGUCAGGUUCAAGAAUCACCACUCUGCCUUCUGAAUUCUUCCAUAGCAUGUUAAGUCUUGAGGAGCUCAUUCUUGGUCAUUGCUCCAAUCUCAAAGAACUGCCUCCUUCCAUGGCUGAACUGUACAAUCUUUUGUUCCUUCAUGUGGAGGGGACUAAGAUUACCUCUUUUCCAGAGGAUAUGUUUGAAGCAAUGCAAAGGCUGCGUACACUCAAGCUGAUCGACAACACGCUAUUGACGUCACUCCCAAGGUCACUAUCUGAAUCCAAAGGCCUCAAGGAGCUACAUAUUUAUAACUGCAUUGGAUUGAGGCUUCAGUUUAUAUGGGAUCUGUUACCAUACCUUGAAGAUCUUUAUAUACAAACAUGGGAGGCGUUGGAAGAUAUCAAAAUCCAUGACCAUCGUAACCUCAGAACCUUCUCACCCUCUGGACCAUGGAUUAGGUGCCUGUCCUUGCGUGGGUGCAGCAGGCUGAAAACUGUGAACUUCAGUGAUGAUCUUACAGCACUGGAGGAUGUUGAUCUUUCUGGAACAGCCCUUGAGGAGAUCCCUCACAGCCUCCCAAAUUUACCAAAAUUAAAGACAUUACUUCUUCUGAAUGUCCCUUGUUUCAAGAGAUUCCCGUGGCAUCAGUUGGUUAGGUUUCCUGAGGUAUUCUAUUUGGAUCACUGUGCAGAUGAUCAUAAGCAAUUUUUAAAGAUGUUUUGCAAGCAGGAAAUUUGUGAGGAUGAAAAUCAGCAUACAGAGAUAACGACCAAUACUGCUCAAAUCAACAUAAACGAUUCCAGGAUCUUUCAUAGCUUUAAUGCGGAUGCUGCUAACAAGUUAGUGAAGGAAGGACAGUUUCUUCAGUCAUUUAAUGUCCAAGUUAAACCAUGCAAUGUGAGAGGCAAGAAGCCACAGAAUAUAAAUGGUGAGAUUUGUACUAAGAUCCAGAGGCGAUCACCUUAUCUAGAUGUCUGUCAAUGUGAGGCAGCUAGCAUCUUUCCCAUGAUGAAACUUCAGCCAAAGCAGCGCCAUGUGCAGAUAUCCGCGAAGAAUCGAUAUCCAAAUGGUUUAAGGCAUCUUCUCUCUGUUACAAACUCAAUGUUCAUUACAGAUGAUGCUUUUGUCAGAUGCCUUACUGACCUGAAUUACAGUCUAAUUUGCCUAGAAGAAUGCCAGCUCCAACGCUGCCAUCAAAUGACAGAAGUAUUCAGAAUGAAUUCGGAAGCCUCAUCAAAGUCAGAGGUAUUCCCAUCCCUAAGGAUACUGCAGGCCUCCUGCCUUGAGAACCUACUAUGCUUUGUUAAACCAGUUCUGAGACGAUUAUAUAAUCACCAUGGGCCGAUAACUUUGAAAGUACUAAAACACAUCCACGUUGAGCACUGCCCACGUCUGGAGAAAAUUUUCCCAUGCAGUUUGUCAUUACCAGCACUGGAGACUCUGGUCAUUCUGUUCUGCUACAACCUGAAGACAAUUUUCUACAAUCAACCUGACUAUUAUGUAGCAGCUUCUCCACUCCCAAACAUCGAAAGGAUCUACCUCCAGGAGCUGCCACACCUGCAGCACUUCCAUGAUGAUGUCACGUUUCAAUUUGAUACACCAAAGUGGGAGAAGCUCUUUGUUCGGGGCUGCCUAUGCUUUCAGAGUCUCCCACUCCUGAAGAAGGAAUAUCAAAAGUUAAAGGUGGAAGUCAGCGGAGAGCGUGACUGGUGGGGCAGGCUGCAGUGGAUCCUUCCAGAGCAAAGCGAUUACUACUUGCAUGUGCCGCCACCGGAGUUCGUAUCGCGCAAGAAACAUAUCAUCAAAAGCUACCUUAGGUGAGUUUCAUUUCAUACCGAGAGUUUUACUGCAUGCCCAGGAUGCAUUGUGUCGAGUGUGUUCUGUUUCUUCUAACAAUAUUUCUCAAGGGACAUGUAAUAUUUGUGCUAGAUUGCUUGGUCUGUUUGGGUUUGUUUGUGUGUUAAUAAUUGGCAAUUUAGGUUGCCAUAAAACCAGCAAGCUAUGUGUGUGGACUGGUGCGCUGAGAAAGAAUUAAUUUGAGACUAUUUGUAAUUCGUAACCGUUAUAUUACACCAGCGCUGGUUAUGGAUCAA